UUACUUCAUUAAGCGGUAGACGUAGAUGUAGAUUGAAUGCCGAUAGGUUUUAUUACCUUUAAUUGUUUUGAAAUACUGAUAAUUAAAUAAAGUUGAGACAAAUUAAUUUGAAAUGACAAAAUUCGAGGAAGAAUUUACUGAAGCUGAAUCAGAAAGUAUAGCAAAGGAAUUUUUACGAGUUGGAGAUAACAUAUACCUUGACCACGCUGGCACAACGCUAUAUUCUGAAAAACAGAUCGAUGACGCUGCGCAAGUAUUAAAGAAAAAUCUAUUUUGCAAUCCACAUACUUGCAAAAUAACUGGAGAUUUAGUGGAUCAAGUGCGUUACAGAAUUUUAAACCAUUUUAAUACUGACGCUACUGAAUAUAAUGUUAUUUUUACUGCUAAUGCAACGGCUGCCCUGAAGCUGGUUGCUGAAACAUUUGAUUUUGGUCAAAAAGAUGGACGUCCUGCCGGUGCCUUUUACUAUUGCCAAGAAAAUCAUACAUCCGUGCUUGGUAUGCGGGAAGUUAUAAAAACUGAUAAGCUAUUUGUCUUGACAAAAGAUGAACUAGUAAAAAAUCUGAAAAUAAAUACUUCUGAAAGCGAACUAGAAGCCCCUAUUACAGCUAAAUCACAAGAUCACAAUUCGUUAGUUGCGUUUUCUGCUCAGUGUAACUUUAGUGGAUAUAAAAUGCCACUGGAAGUAAUUGAUGUUAUACAAAAGAAAGGAUUAGCAGUGCAACCAAAGCAAAUAAGCGGCAUUGAAUAUACUCCAACGGACGAUGAAAGUAAUUUCUUUGUUUGUCUGGAUACUGCAUCGUAUGCUGCUUCAAAUUACCUGGAUUUAGGAAAAUUUAAGCCGGAUUUCUGUUGUUUAUCAUUUUAUAAAAUGUUUGGAUAUCCAACUGGCGUUGGAGCAUUAUUGGUCAGUAAACGAGGACAAAAUGUUUUAAAUAAAGUAUACUAUGGCGGUGGUACUGUAAAAAUAGCUAUGACAAGACAAAACUUUCACGAAAAACGUGAUGGUUUUACAGAACGUUUCGAGGACGGCACAUUACCAUUUUUAACUAUUGCCUCCUUGCUGGAAGGAUUUCGUACACUGUAUCGCUUAAUACCACCAACGAUAACUAAAACUACAGGGGAACGUAUUGCUGCACAUGUUUUUCAAUUAGCAAAAUAUUGUCAUGAUUUCCUUGGUCAAUUGCAACAUGCAAAUGGUUCCCCUCUUGUUAAAUUUUACAAUCACACAAACUAUGAAAGUGUGAAGGUGCAAGGUGGCCUUGUAACAUUUAAUAUUUUACAUGACGAUGGUUCGUAUGUGGGAUUUGCGGAAGUAGCUUGUAUUGUAGCAGUACAUAAUAUACAAAUGAGAACUGGGUGCUUUUGUAAUCCAGGAGCAUGUCAAGUAUUCUUAAACCUAUCUGACAACGACAUACUUAAACAAUUCGAGUCUGGACACAUUUGCAGUGAUUAUAAUGAUUUAGUCGAUGGUGUACCUACUGGAGCAGUUCGAAUGUCUUUUGGUUAUAUGACAACGAAAGAAGAUGUUAGCAAAGCAAUUCAAAUAAUACGUGAUUGCUACCUCACCUCUACAGUCCAACGUUUAAGCAUAUUGGAAAAUUCAACUUUGCCAAGUGCAUUGCAACACAUUCCACAACGUUUACGCGCACAUUUGAAAAAAAUUUGUAUAUAUCCAAUUAAGUCCUGUGGUUCAUAUGAUGUAUUAGAGUGGCAGCUCACUAAUACUGGUUUUAAAUAUGAUCGCAAUUGGAUGAUCGUUGAUAACAAUGGCAUGGCGAUUACUCAAAAACACAAUACACGAUUGUGUCUCAUAAAACCAGAAAUUGAUCUUAAAAAAGGUUACCUCACCAUAUCAUUUCCGAAUAUGAAGUGUAUUGAUGUACCACUUGAAAUAAAUGAAGAUGCAAAGAUUUUGGAAACUAGUAUUUGUCAGAGUAAAGUAUGUAAUGAUAUAAUAAAAGGGAUCGAUUGUGGAGAUGAAGUAGCACAUUGGUUAUCUGAUUGCUUGGAAAUGGAUGGUUUGCGCUUAAUAAAACAAAAUACCGAACGCCGCAAUCAAGAUGGUACGGUCAGAGAUAUAGCAUUAGCAAAUCAAGCACAGUUUUUACUUAUUAAUCGUGCUUCCGUUUGUUGGUUAGCUAACAAGGUUGAAACAGAAAAAGAAUUGCUCGACAAUACGCUAGGUCGUUUUAGAGCAAACCUAAUCAUUGAGACUUCCAAACCUUUGGAAGAGAAUAAUUUUAAAGAGCUUUGCAUAAAUGACACCAUAUUUAAGGUGGAUGGUUUUUGUACACGUUGUCAAAUGAUCUGCAUCGACCAACAGACUGGACAAAAAACAAAUGAACCAUUACGAACCAUUGCGCGCGUAUUUAACGGUAAAAUACGAUUUGGUAUAUAUAUGUCUUUAAAGAAUACUUUUAAAAAUGAAGUACUUAUAUCAUGUAAAGAUACGCUGACAGUCAAGUACAAAAAUGACUAGUAUUCUGAAAAUAAAUUGUUAA